AUGGGUAAAUUAAUUGGAGCACCGUAUGUUAUUUAGUUAUCAUUUUAUAAUUAUUUACUAACACUCAUUUUAGAAAAGGUCAAACUCGUUAUUAUGAUCCAAAGACUCAUCAAAUGACACCUGCGUUAUACAGAGUUAGAGCACCAUUUUUUUGGAGAAAUACAAUAGCUUUAUUUUUAUUAGGUCUGGUACCUGUUGGUAUUUAUUAUUAUACAUUUCAUAAAAUUGCAGAAGAUGAUUUUGCUGAUAUUCCAAUACCUCCAAUUAGUGAAGAAGAAUUAAAAAAAUUAAAAUUAGAAUAUGAACAAAAGAAACAAUAA